CAGCUCAACCGGAAGCCCCCAUCCCUCCCGGCGGCCGCGGCGCGGGCGGCGAGACAAUAGGAGGGCGAGGGGCGGAGCCACCGGACGCAGCUUCAUCAAUCGAAGAUGGAAGCGAAUCAGGCACCAGGAUUUGGAGCUGAACAGAAGUUGGGACCGGAGCAAACUUAUGAGAUGCUUGGAUCAGAGGUUAAUCAAAAGUUCGCAGAAAUGUGCCUAAACACUGGUGUGGAAGCUGUCAUCAUUCCAGAAAAGCAAUAUGAUCCAGAGGCAAGAUUGGAGGUGCAUCAAAAGUUUGCUGAAAUGUGCCUAGACACUGCUGUGGAAACUGAUAUUAACCAAGAAACGCAAGCUGACCCAGAGGCGGGAUCAGAGGUUAAUGAAAGGCAAGAGCCAAGUCAGGACACAGUUAUGGAAACCGAUGUUAACCCAGAAGAGCAAGUUGCCCAUCCAGGUGUUAUUUACCGCUGCAAAAAAUGCCGGAGGAUGGUAGCAACACAAGAGUAUGUUACGCACGAUGUAGGCCAAGGUGAGAGAUGCUUUUUAAGGCGCAAAAGCUAUCACGUGGAUGAGAAGGAACCCGAAUGCGCCUGCAUCUUUGUGGAGCCCAUGAAGUGGAUGCAAGCUGUGGAAGAGGGAUAUGUUUCGAACAAACUCUGGUGCAUGGGAUGCAAAACCAGAUUGGGAUCGUUCAACUGGGCAGGCAUGCAGUGCACAUGUGGAGCCUGGGUGAUCCCAGCUUUCCAGCUCCUCAAAAGCCGGAUUGACGAGUCGCAGAUGUGAGCAGUCAACCAAGUGAUCUUCAGACUCCUUGGCUAUUUUAGCGGUAACAUUGUAGCAGUAUAUCUAGGAAACAGUAUCGGCUAGUCUGUUGCAGGUGCUAUUGCUGUCAGAUGUGUUUCUAUGUAUGAUGGGUUUUAUCUGAUGCACCAUAUCAGCUUUGUUCACCAUCUGUUUCUUAAUGGCUUCAAGUCGUGAUUCAGGUGUGCUCUA